UUUAAAACUCUCGCUGAGCGAAAACUUCGUCUCUCGGUCUCGGCUCUUCGUUAAUCGUUUUCGUUUUCGUAUAUUUUUGUAAAUGUUCUACAAACGAAAGAGCGAACCUAUCAAAACUAAAUUUCUGCUAGAGAAAGUCUUUUUACAUAAAAAUUAUUUAUUAUUUUAAUUAUUUAUGAAGACGUCGCAUUUACCAAUAAGUUAUCCAUUGCAACACUCAAAUUGUAAUGCAAAUAAUGGAUCAGUUUUCGCACGAUUUAACAAUUGCUUUGGAGGAAACCUCUCGUAUGGGUGGCGUUCGAGUUGGUAGGUGGGGUCAACGUCGCAGGACCCGAUCCACAGGAAAUUUGCCCUGUGCUCCUCAACCGACAGAAGACUCGUCUAGCAGUCCGACAGAUGCAGCAAAUGGUGCACAUACUAAAGCAAAUGUCGAUGGCCUAGAUGGACUGAAUAACUCAAUACACAGCGACUCGGAUGACAGGCAAGAGAUGCGUUUGGCUAUUAAUCCGCGUUUACAUACUGGGAAUCUGGAAUCUGAUUCUCUUAACGAAAAUUUCAGUCCAGCAAGAUUCUUUCGACCUAGCACCCGACGAAAGCGUAAAUUCAAACGCAUGGCUGUAGAAUACGAAACAACUUCAAAAACUCCCACAGUUUCUGGUGGACUCCACGCUGGCAACAUCGAAAUUCCGACAGAAUUUACAUUAACAGGUACUGGUACAGUAAAAAAGAGAGCUUUGCGUCAUGCUAUACAAGAUAGCUAUCGAGCGAAUUUAUUUUUUUGUGGCAAACGCAAACGGUCGCACCGUGAUCGAUGUCAUGACCAUGAGCAUGGAAAAGCACAUUCAUCGAGUGUACCACGCCAGAGUCAUAUGUUCCCGGUAAAACAUUCUCUCCAGGAACACAAAUCACGCACAAGAAGUUUUUCCUCUACAUCGAAGGUUGCAUGUGAUCGAAUACUUCCCUUAAAUAAAGGUCUUAUCUCGAAAAUUGAAAAGAUCUCGCAACAGCAGCAAAAAAAUCAACAAGAAUCGCAUGCCACUCCCCCAAAAUGUGCAUUUCUAUUUACUCCUGUAUCACCAGUAUCAACAACACAAACAUCCACGGGUCGUGCAAUGUUAGCUCAGAAGCUAGAAACAGCAUCUUUCGAUAGCUUUGCAUCGAUUACAGCGGCUGCUGCUGUGUCUGGGGUAUCGGUGUCGGGGUCCUCGGUACUAAACUGCGAUAGCAUUACGAAUCGAUUUAUGCAGCAAACAAUUCCAGAGCAUUAUGCUCUUAAACAGCAGUCAAUGACAACUGGGAGAAAAGAUUAUAAAAAUGAGACCACAGUUUCAGUUCCGGUCCCUGUGCCGGGCACAUGCGGCCUCUCCUUUAGUCAGAGAAAAAAGAAAUAUUAUCGUUUGCGCAGGGAGCAGAUGAAAAUGCAGUUGCAAUUCGAAGACCCCAACUCAAUGGAGUGCGGCGAACUAAAUGAAUUCCUGAGUUCAAGUUCGCUCAGCUCCUCGGAGUCGGAAAACGAAAGAACAAACGAUUCAGAUCGCGAAGGUGAUGAUGAAUUAACUGAUUGGCCAGGAAACGAAGUGAUGAAUAACUUCGAUGCAAAAAACGAUUUCAAACGAAAACUCACGAAAAAAAGUGGUAAUUUGCAGCAGAAUAAAUCCGAUGAAAACGCUACGAUUGGUGACGAUGAUACUCUAAUGAGCGCGGAUGAAUUGGAUACCCCUGUUAAUAGUGUUCAUCGCCACAUGUCGUCUGCUCCAAUAGCUAUUAACAAAGGAUUGCAACUUAAUGGAGGUGUUGGUAAUUUGUUAAGUCAGAAAAGCUUUACGUUGCGCGAUGAGACCAUGGAUCAAUUUCGUUUUCCGAUCCGACAGAUCGAGAGUGAAAUGUCUGGUGAGACAUCGAAUCCUUUUCUAGCCUCGCCGCCCUGUAAGCCGGGUGAGAUUCGCGAGAUUCGUGCUGGGUGUAGGAGAAUAAAGGGAGAACGAGCUGCCUUUUCCAUAAAGACAAGCGUUAAUGAGAGGUUGGCACGAUUUCUACAAGAUGCUCGGCAGUCGAAUAUAAGAUUGCCUGACAUUGAAUUUUAUGAGCACGAGAGUUUGAUAAACUUAGCCAAAUUGUACUCUUUACAAAUGUCCGUCGAUAAUGGGUGUGCUGUGCUAACUAAAACCAGUAACACAACUCAAUCAGUGCAAAUCGAUCAUCAUGGCCUUCAGAACUGUUUAUUUUUGAGUGACUUCAAGAGACGUUGCUACGAUGGACGUUUCGGAAUGACUGAUGCCGACGAGGACAGUACUCUCGCUGAAGCGUCAGUAAAAUUCUCUAAUGCUGGACAAAGUCCACCACCAGAAAUAAACAACAGACUGCCAAACAGUUAGCCACUUAAUAUAUAAUAAUUUAAAACAAAAAAUAUAUAAUUUAAGUUUAUUUUACCAAAUAACCGCCAUUAACAAAGUAUAUAAAAUAAAAUAAAAUACAAUAUUUUCACAGAAAUAUAAAUAAAAUAUAUAUAUACAUAGAAUAUAUAUGUAUACAAAUAAAGAUAAAUAUUUAGUAAGAUUUAGAUA